CUCUCUCUCGGUACUUGCUCCUUGCUACUGACACUUCUUUUAUCCGCAGACGUCAUUCACCUUCUCCUGCUCUCGUACUGUGGUCAGCACUGUGUCCUGUCCUCUCCGGACUGUCCUCUCCUGACUGUCCUCUCCUGCAGACUCGUGUUUUUGACUAAAUGCCCGAAUUCGAGUCAUUGGAAUCAGAUAAGUUGUUCGUGUCUUAGCGCAUAUUCCGCUCAUGUUGUUGUUGCUGCUGCUGCUGCUCCACCGCCUGGAUCGUCCGGUGCGCUUGUGCCUCUGCGGUGGCUUCGGGACGCUGUCUGCCCCCGCAUUUAUGAAUGAAUAGGGAGAGAGGAUGGAGAGGACAAAUGCGAGUGACUGUGACGGUGUCCUACAGUCGGACUACCGCCGGUUAAACCGCUGAUGAGGAAGAUUAACGGCGGAGCGAAGCGGCGGCUCAUUGCGGAAAAGCAGAGUCUGCAGAUUGAGGGAAUCGGUGUCUGUACAGCAGCGAGCAGCCGCCACCACCAUGUCCAUCCACAUUGUGGCUCUUGGCAGCGAAUGUCCUAGAGAAGUUGGGCCAGGUGAAGAGGUCAUAGGCCAGGGACAACUGCAAGGAGGCCUGCUGUGGAGCUACCUGGGACAUGGAGCACCAGUCGGAGGUUGCGACCUGGAGAACAGCCUGAACAACCCUGCUUUCAUGGAGUACACCACACAGGUGUUUGGAGACGUCGCUGUAGUGGUUCGUGAUUGUCCCAGCUGGGAGUUGCUGGACAGUGACUGGGCCAGUGUACGGAAGGUACUUGAACAGGCAGACAUCCUAGUCAUCAAGUACUCGGUCACAGACAAGUUGGCCUUCCAGCAGGUCAGGAAUGGCUACGCUCCUAGACUGCGCCCCCUGCUGAGGCACUGGGGUGUACCAGUCAUCCUAGUUGCUGUUGGAGCACGGCGGAACGAUGAGGGUCCUCCCUGUACAUGUCCGUUGUGUGCCUCAGACUGGAGCAGCUGUGUUCCUCACAGUGAAGGUCUGCAGCUGUCCCGGGACCUCGGGGCUACCUACCUGGAGCUGCCAUCCCUCAACCAUGUUUUUGUGGGCCGUUACUUUGGCAGUGUGUUGGAGUACUUCAUGAUCCAGUGUCUGAAACAUAAGGCCAAGGAGAAGCCAGAAAAGCGGCGAGGAAACAAAGUGAACGAGCUUCGUCCCCCUCACCUAGAACAACCAGCACGUCUUCCUCCGAUUCGUGUGGAAGAGUCCAGCUUCUCCCAAGACAUGCAGUGGUUGUUGGAGCGUGGCUUGCAGUUCGCUGAUGUGGCUUUCUACGCUGGAGACUCUGGAAAAGAACUUGGGUGGGCCCAUGCAUGUGUGCUGUGUGCUGUCAGCCCAUAUUUCAGACAGCUUCUCCUGGGUCCCAAGACCAGGGAACGUCCACAGUCACGAUGUGUCUGCAGGGAGCGGGACGGAGGACCCCAUUCUCUGCUCUCCACUUGGGACGGGAGCAUUAUUGAUGAUCUUCCAAGAUCUGACGGGCACCCGGCAGGACGACUCUCACGUCUAGUUGUGAAAGACCCCCUCCUGUGUAUGUGCCUGUGGGAGACACUUAUGUUUAUUUACCGAGGAGCGUGGGAGUGGGAGCAUCUGCAGGUGGCGCUGGACGAGAAGCUGAAGAAUUCACUGGCAGUGGCUCAGCUUAUGGAGCGCAUACAGUAUCUUGUCGGAAGAGACAGGGCUUCAAAGGAUACACCGAGUGCACGGGCGACUCAACUUGGUCCUCAGACCCUGGUCAACCUCUUCAACUCUCCCCUUUACUCAGAUGUCAUCUUUAUGGUUCAAGGGAGCGUCCUGCCAGCACACCGGGCGGUUCUUGUGGCGCGCUGUGACGUAAUGGCAGCCAUGUUCAGCGGUAAAUAUGCAGAAGCCAGAAGCAGAGUGGUGCCGAUUCACGGAGUCUCCUCGGAUACCUUCCUGUCUUUCCUGGAGUACCUCUACACUGACUCCUGCUGCCCUGCCAGUGUGCUGCAGGCCAUGUCAGUGCUGAUGUGUGCAGAAAUGUACCAGGUGAAACGUCUGCAGCACCUUUGUGAGGUGUGUGUGUGUGCUUAUCUUCAAAGCAUGCCCAGCCGAGAGCUGGCCUCCACGGGACUGAGCGUUGUACGGCUCCUCCGCAAGGCAAAGUGCCACAACGCUGAGCAGCUGUACGUCUGGCUACUGCACUUUAUCGCCAACAACUACCUAAUCUUCAGUCACAAACAUGACUUCCUGGAGCUGUCAGAUGAGGAGUGUGAGCAAGUGGAGCGGCUACGCUGGCCGUCCAGAGGCUACCUGCAGGAGCUCAGUGAGUACCAGCAGCGGCGACGCAAGCUACGCAAGUCCCGCUGCACCGUCAUGUGACCUAAAGAUGGCCGGACAUUGUUGAGAUACAAGAACACGUGAUUGAAAGAAACAAAGGCAGAGGCUGGUCACAAACAUUUGGAGAAAAGAGCUACACGAUGAAGGGCUGAAUCCACAGCAUGGACAGACUCUGUUGACUGUAAUGGGUGAUUUUGGAUCAGACAACACUGUGACACACCUCUGUCCUCCUGCAGGACUCCGUGGAUCUCCUGCAUAAUGACUUUUCCAUCAUGGCAAUAAGAAUGGACUCUUCUUUUAAACCAAGUGUAAAUUAAAUAUGCGUUUGCUGCCACCGGUCACUCAGAGAGUAAACAACGUCUCUAUUGGCUGGUGCAAAAUGGCAGAUUACAAAGAUGAACACUGACACCAAAUGGCUGUGUGACAGAAACCAACACUAUAAGAAAUCAGUAUCAGCUUAGACAGCACACCAGGAGCAUGUGUUUCAAACCGCAGAGGUUGUCUUUCAGUUAGAACAUAUUUAACUUAACAUAAUACCUCAUAAGAGUAGUGCUGCAACCAGUGAUUAUUUUCAUAGUCUUCUCAAGUUUUUGUUUUCUGGCAAAAUUGUGGCAAAUAUUGAAAUGUGUGUCAAAAACCACAAAACGUUGAGGCCUUUAAAUGUAUCAGUGUAGUCCACUACCAACAACAUUCAGUGUAGGCACCAGACCAGCGAUUUAUGUUCGUCAGGGCAGCGGUCCCCAACCUCUUUAGUACCAAGGAGCGGUCGGCUGGUAUUAGCUGACCAGGAUAUGACUGGAUUCUUUUUGAAUGAAGUAAACUAGUUAAACCUAAGUACGUUUUUACACUGUGUCCCACUACG